AGUGCGUGGUGUUCCAAGCAGAGCCUCGAGACGCGGCCACACGGGUACGCGCGUGCAGGUAGCGGAUUAACAGUUGAGUAACCACUGGUGAUUUGAGACAAUUUGGUGACAAUUCCGCUCCAGGUGGUUCGUGUUUUCUUCGUUGUCGGACAGUGAAACAGCGAGACUACGGUGGAGGUGUGAUGGACUAUUGAAACAAGUGAAACAAGUGUCUCAACAUCCUCAGAUCACAGACAGUGUAUUAGACUUGACACUUCCCUUUGUUCAACCUCUCCAUAUUUCGCCAUGGAGGCCAGAGGAAAGUAUGACUUCAAUGGCACAGCAGAAGAUGAGCUCAGCUUCCGCAAAGGAGACAUUCUGAAGAUCCUGGGAACUCAAGACGACUGGUUCAAAGCAGAGCUACAUGGUCAUGAGGGCUUCAUACCUAAAAACUAUGUUGACACGCAAACGCCGAGCUGGUACAAAGAGAACGCUAGUCGUGGCUCGGCUGAGGAGAUUCUCAAGUCCCGAGAAGUGGGUGCUUUCCUGAUCCGUGGCAGCCAGAGUUCCCCUGGAGACUUCUCCAUCUCAGUCAGACACGAGUGUGAUGUUCAGCAUUUCAAAGUUAUGAAGGAUAAAUCGGGCCAGUACUACCUGUGGACGGAGAAGUUUACCUCUCUAAACAAGCUUGUGGAGUUCUACAAGACAACCUCCAUAUCCAAGCAGAGGGAGAUCUUCCUUCGGGACGGAAGUGGAAAUGAGCCACGAGCACCUCCUCCUUUAAGGAGUCCACCCGAAGUUCGGCCUUCUCCGGCUGGUGGUUAUGGCGGUCCCCCAACCUUAUCACAAAACCGCAACACAACAGAUCAAACUCACAACCAGAAGGGUAAGAGAGGAAGUGUUGAGGAAAAAGCUAACACUCUGGGACACCAAGGGAGGAACAGCCCAGCCCCUCGGCGAACCUCUGAAACUUUGCCGGCUCCGAGGUCAACCAUACAGGUGAUAGCACUGUAUGACUUCACAGCAGAGGAAGAUGACGAGCUGGGCUUCAAUGCAGGUGACGUCAUAGACGUACUGGACCGUUCUGAUGCGUCGUGGUGGAAAGGUCGAUUGCGCGGCAGGACUGGUCUUUUCCCUGCCAACUACACAGAACCGAUCUGAAGUCUUCUGAUUGCUCAGAGGUGUGGAAUCAGUAUGCUAAGAGUCAAAUCCAUCAUUCUCUUACCAAAUCCCUUUCAGUAAUGCAUGGACUGGAUGAUUAUUUUCAAAUUACUUCUUAUAAAACUGGCUGCAGAACUGUUGAGGAGAAGUGAGAAAAAGACUCCUGAAGCUCUUUGUUGCUUCUCUUUUUCAUAUACAUAACCAUUUUUUUUUUCAGUUUCACAAAUAUGGUACGAAGAGUAAACCAAACCAUUUCCCUUAUGUGUCAGAUUCUCAGAAUGACUAGACAUGUCUCUUAUAUGAUCUACUGAAUUAUAUAGUACAUAGCUCAUACAAUGACCUUUCGUUUCAUGUUUAUAUGUUAAGAUCUUCAGUAGGACACACUAAGUCACAGUGUUACAGUAAGCAAAGAUUUUGUUAUUGUAUCAAUUUUUGUAUUAAAAAGAGACGUUUUUCAACAAGUGUCAGUUGUCAAAAUAGACCCAUGGCACAGGCAGAAGAGGUAUGAUUAUUGUUUUGUUAUACAAGAUGGAAAAUACGGAUGGCAAAUAUGAUAAUAACAGCUUGAAUAAAUCGUUCUGCUUUCCAA